AUGCGACUCUGGAAAGUAAAUAACUUAAUAUGUGUCUUCACCUCUCUUGCCUCUGGCCUUGUUUCGGCAGACGCGUCUUCGGCAAACCCCGCGUUAUGUGGUAAAGCGUGUCGGCAAACAUUCCGGACUCUCAAAUUCACAGAUGCGCCAGAAGGCGCUUUCUUCGCAAAGCAAGAAUGCAUAAGCCGUCUUUAUCAGACCUCGUUGUAUCUCUGCUGGGAUGCUCAUUGUACUGAGGACGUCUGGCAACACGAAUCAAGCAGUAUGAACCAGACAUGCCAAGAUACGUACGGCUCAUAUCUAGCACCACACGAAAUAAUCGACGAUAUAACAGAUAAACAGAGAGCUCAAAUUAUCAUAUUCGAUGCGACGGAUCCAAGCCGUUCUGAUCGUUACGGUGCGCUGAUGCUUCCGUCACAAGCUUACUACGACAUAUGGAUUCGAACGUUGGCUGCACACGAUUAUAUAUGGAUCUAUCAUUACUACUAUGGCUGGGCUAUGGGGAUCUUCUGGGCUGUGGUCAUUGCAGUUGGUAUCGUGAACCGUAUACUGACAAAACUGUCCACCUCGAAUGGCCAUCGAAGCCUGUGGCUGAAACGUAAUGUCGUUCUUCCCGCGACGUUUGGCCAGCGCUGUGUUCAAGACUUCGGCGGUGUUGGCACACUUCCUCCACGCAUACAAGCGUUGACUAUUUCAUUGUUUAUGGUGCUAAAUAUCAUUUGCUCCAUUCACGGAUAUAGUAUAUUUGAGGGCUACGGCUACUACCCUUCUGUAUGGCUUCAGAUCCUUCGACACGUCUCCGAUAGAACAGGCAUUAUCUCGUUCGCUAAUUUCCCUCUCAUUUGGCUGUUUGGCAUGAGGAACAAUAUCGUUAUAUGGCUAACGGGCUGGGACUUCAAAACAUACAAUAACUUUCAUCGCUGGGUUGGCAGAAUAGCCACUGUCCAGGCUGUCAUUCACUCUAUUGGGUACAUCAUUAUUAUUUUCCAAAGGGGCGGCUGGGAGUAUUUCUGGAAGAUCUCGAACCUGAAAUUUUGGUGGACUGGUGAACUGGCAACUAUCUUCAUUUGUUUACUCGUCGGUCUAUCAUUCUUUUGGGUACGGCGUAGACAAUACGAGUUUUUCCUCAUCUCGCAUAUUGUUCUAUCAGUCUUGAUCCUUGUCGCAAUGCUGGGGCAUGUGUCUAUCUUCAGAGGCGCCUACGACCCCUUAGUAUGGAUUCCGGUACUGGUCUGGUUGCUGGAUCGAGUGAUUCGUGCAGUCCGAGUUAUUGCCUUUAAUCCAAAAUUCUGGGAAACUGGUGCUCUUAUCACCUACAAUGAGGAUGCUCGCAUGAUCAGAGUCGUCGUUCCUGUGUCUUCAAGCUUCUAUAAAACUGAUCCCGGCACAUUUUACUACCUCACGGUGCUGAACAAACGGAGCUUCUGGGAGAGCCAUCCCUUUACUGUGGCAUCGGUUUCAGAACCCGAAACAUACGCUUUGUCAGAUCGUGCGCCAUUGCUAGGUCACACGUCGUACUCAACGGAGGAGAUGUCACCCGAGUAUGAGAAGACGCAGCGAGAGAUGACAUUCCUCAUUCGCCCCUACGACAGCUUUACCUCUCGAUUGAAACAGUAUGCUGAGAAGGAGCAGCCAAAACCCGCCAAAGUUCGAGUGGCGAUAGAUGGCCCAUAUGGAAAGACCCUACCUUUGGAGAGGUUUGACAAAGUUCUCUUUAUUGUUGGAGGCAGUGGUAUUGCCGUCCCGCUUUCUUACCUGGACAAACUUACAUCUUCAGCCACCGAGGUUGAAGUUCACUGGGCAGUGCGACAAUCUGCUCUGGCUGAGGAUGUUCUCAAUCACGAGUUAAGUGACGUACUCGACUACAUACAAGUGAGAGUUGUCAUCUAUGUUACUGGGACGAGCAGUGCGAGACCUGACCGCGCGACUGCUUGUCACAUUGUUGAGUGGAGAGACGGGAGACUGAACGUCGAAGAAAUCGUCGACAAUGCUUUUGCCAGUGGAGAUGGGGCCAGUCUUGCAGUAGUCACGAGUGGUCCCGCCAAGAUGGCUGAUGAGAGCAGAAGCGCUGUGGCCGCAAGGACUGUUCAGUCUAUGCCUCGGAUAGAAUAUUUUGAAGAGAGUUUUCAGUGGUAG